UUUGAUGGUCAUGUCAUCUUCGUCUUGUCUCCUCUUUGGUCGUCUUCUCAUUUUUAUUAUUUUCGCAAACAGUGAAGACAAACAAGAGGAGCGGUUUCGUUUUUCUUCUUCAGAUCUAAUUAGGGAGAGAGAGAGAGAGAGAGAGAGAGAGAGUGAUUGAGCUCACGACGGAGAAAAUGAGCGGCAACAAGAUCAUCGUCGGCGAUGAUGGUGGUAGGAGCAGUGUCGGAGUCAGGAAAAGCUCAAACGGGAUUUCUGAUAUCCCGUCUGGGUCGAAGAAGAUGGUUCAAAGUUUGAAAGAAAUUGUAAACUGCCCUGACGCUGAGAUCUAUGCUGUGCUCAAGGACUGUAACAUGGACCCUAACGAAGCCGUCACUCGCCUCCUCUCCCAAGAUCCUUUUCACGAGGUGACGAGCAAACAAGAAAAGAAGAAACAGAUUAGGGAUAUACAAGAUUCCCGGUCACGAGGCUAUAAUAACAAUUACAACCGUGGUAGUAGAGGUGGUUCUGAUCGUUAUACUGGACGGAGUGGAGCUACCCCUUUCACCUCUAGUGAGUCAGGAAGCGUCCAAGUAAAAACUACUAACAAGAGGGAGAGCGGUAUGCAGUCUUAUGCAGGUUCUUAUUCUUCUACAUCUGGCAUAUCGAGCCACCAUCAGAUACCACACAGUGAUUUUGUUGCUAAAGACAGUAAAACGCCAACUGUUACCUCGGGGGGUGAAUUAUCAUCAUUACAUUCUGUUACUGGACAUCAAACAGCAUGGUUUGGAGCUUCAGGUCAGCUGUCUAUGGCUGACAUUGUGAAGAUGGGUAGGCCUCAUAGCCAGACAAUAAACUCUCAGAAAAAUGUCGAUAUGCGUUCUGAGGUAAUUCAGGAGCAUGAAAUUGCUGCAAAUCAGUAUGUACCUCUGAAAGAUGAAUGGCCCUCAAUGGAGAAGCCAGUGGCUGCUAGCACUUCUUUUGUAUCAGUGGCACCAACUGAAGAGAUAUGCAAUGGUGCAGCAGAUUUACAAUCCAGUAGAAGAGAUCAACAUCCGAAGGGCCAGUUGGAAGACACACAUUCAGCAGAAAAUGGUCUCUUUGGGAAUCUUGGAAGAGAUCAUGUGCAACCUGACACUGUAGCUGGUGGAGCUGAGGUAGAUGACUCUGUAGUUUCAUCUGAGUAUGAUGAUAAUCCGCACAGAUACCAAACGCAGAACAACCCUGCUGAGCACCAGAAAGAUGAAGACGAAAUUUCGCCUGUUGUUGCCAACCUUCAAGACUUGAGCAUAGAGAACCAUGAUCAAUACACCUCUCAUGAUGAGGAUAGACCUGCUGUCGUGAUUCCAGAUCAUCUGCUAAUCCAUACAGAAGAGUGCUCACAGUUAAGCUUUGGAAGUUUUGGAGGCUUUGGAUCAAGGCCUCUGAGCAACAGCUUAGAAGAGGCUUCUAGUGUAGCUCCACAGAUUGAACGUGAUGAUGCUAGAAAUACCGAGUUCUAUGGAGAUGAACAUCUAGGAACCAUGUCCAAUGGACAUAUGGUCCAUGCGUCUUCUGCCAACAAUUAUGAUGAUUCCUCAGAAUCUAAGCAAGAGGUUUUGUUGCCAGAAAACCCUGAAACUGCUCACCAGGAGAACCAGUACUCGUUUGCCCAGCCGGGUCCAGAGUAUGCAUAUGAAAAUGUGAAGCAGCAGCUGGAUACUGCAUUUGAUGCUGCACAGACAAGCAUGACUAAUCAGAUGCAUAAUCUUGCUUCAUUAACAAAUGUGAUGCAAGGGUAUACAAACUCAAUUCCAAACACUCUAUUGGCACAGACAGCACAGAGUGCCAGGGAGCUUGAACAUCAGUAUUCCCCUUUCUCAGGCCUACAGUCUGUGCCGUCAAGAAGCAACGAUACCUCACUAGGUGGCCAAAGCAUUUCCAUGCCAGAGGCACUCAGAGGUGGACCAGCGCUUCCUCAACAGAUCGCAAUGAAUCCGUAUUCUCAGCCCACAUUGCCUCUGACUCACUAUGCCAACAUGAUCGGUUAUCCUAUGAUACCUCAGAGCUACCCAUACAUCCCAUCGGCUUUUCAGCAAGCAUAUGCUGGUAACAACUCAUAACACCCGUCACUAGCUGCUUUGCUUCCACAGUAUAAAAACAACACUUCCGCCAGUAAUUUGCCUCAGUCAACAACUACUACCCCUGCUUCCUCCUCUACCUAUAUGUUUGGGAACUCGAGCAAUGUUGAAACUGGAAACUUCCUUCUUAACCAACAACAACAGGCCGCUCCUUCUGGGGCAACACUUAGUUAUGAAGACGUCCUGAGUCUACAGUACAAACAAAACAACUAUCUAUUGUCACUUCAGCAGCAGCAACAACAGCAGCUACAACAACAACAGCAGCAGCAGCAACAGCAACAGCAGCAGCAGCAUCAACAACAGAACGAAAAUUUACCUAUGUGGCUUCAUGGACCUGGCUCUCAAACCAUGUCGGGCGUCGCGGGCAACACGUACUAUAACCUUCAAGCACAACAACAAAGUCAGCAGGUUCGCCAAGCUCAACAACAAGAGCAGCAGCAGUAUGGAUUGCUCGGUUACCCGAACUACUAUCAGUCACAAACCGGAAUAUCAAUAGAGCACCAACAGCAAAACCCUAGAGAAGGUGGCUCGCAAGGUCAGCCCUCAAAGCAAGCCCAGCAGCAGCAACAGCACUGGAAAAACUCUUACUAGGGUGGUUUUGGUUGUCUCAGGCUCAUCGUUUGGUUACUGAUCAUGUAGCCAUAGCUAUAAAAGCUGAUAACCAGUUAAAUAGGUUAUCGGUUAUUAUUGUGUAGGCUGAAGCAGAUAAAGGAUGGAUCUUCAUCAAGUCAUUGUGAGUGUAUUUAUCAUCUGUUAACUUAGGGAAAACUCUAAUUUGGAUCAAUUCAACUUAAGACCAAAGAAAAAAGCACCAGUUCAUGUCUCUUAAAGCUUUGCCUCUGUGCUCCACCUUGUAUAUAGUACUUUGCUUUCCAUUUAAGUAGGUUUCAACUAUU